AGGUCCGUUUUUUUCUUGAUCUUGAUAAAUAUCUUUUUUGUCAUUCUCAUAUAAUUAAGUUUUUCGCAUCAUCUAGCGACCGCAACUAGAAAUAAAUAUGAUCUUUUACACCUCCUGCCUUCAACCAAGCGACUGUUUUUUUCGUCGGUUUUUCUGAAAACUUCGUCUCUUAUUUGUCUUUUUUUGGUCCAUCGACCCGUCCAUCGAGGACCCACCCACCAUCAUUUCAUAAUUACUCUAGUUCGUUCUUCUCGAUUCUACUGAUACAAAAUGGGCAACGAGGUUUCUUCUGCUGCUUCCUCGGACGCCGAAGGAGGGCGCAGCAGGAGGCCCAUGGGAGAAGGAGAAGCCGAGACUAGAGAUGAAGAGUUGGAAGAUGACUCCUCUGGAACUGAAGCUGAGUAUGAUGUUCAUCGUGGUGCAGAACCAAUAAAUGGAGGUGGGAAUGGCUUCUAUCCCGUUGGGCUUGGGAUGAAUGGCGUCGCCGUUGGUGGUAUAUUACCUCCUGCAGCACAGGAGAUGAGAGAAUCAGCGGCUCUUGACGCACCUCCAAUGCCCACUUCUAGCGAGACCGGAGAGGAGGUAGUAGACGAAGGCGAUAUCCCACUUGUUUUAGAAGAGCAAGAAGAUGGUUAUGGUCCUGUUGCUGGUGCCGGCGUUGGUCAGCAGCAAGAACAAGAUGCCGAAGAGGCGAUGGCUCGUAUUGUGGUGAAUGGCGAGCCUGUUGCCAACGGCUACCCAGGAGAAACUCGUGAGAGUGCCGCAGAGCGCGACUCAGCGCAGAAGAGUUACCGCUACCCUAAGGACGCGGCAAUCAUCUCCGUAGAUUCUGGGAAUCGAACAAAUGAAGUUUUGAAAGCUCUGCAUUUGACAGAAGGGACAGUAGCCUCGUUUCGCUCGGCCCCAGAUGCGUCGAUGGCGCCACAACACCAGGGAAACUUAAUCGUAAGGCACCGAAAACCAAAGUAUGACCCGGCUUUGCCAGUACCGGGUUUGAUCCCAGAUUAAGGCUCAAUAUAUUUCAUUUCUACAAGUCAUUUCUCCCUAUUUCCUUCUUAGGAUUGGGAGAAAUGUAGGCAAGAAAUGAAUUGUUUUGAGCUCUAACCAGAGAUGUUCCGCAACUUGAACGUUGGCGUGGAGCACGAUAAAAUUCGCUCUGAAGGCCACUCUCUAAAGCGCUGGAUCGACCUGCCAGGAGGACAGGACAAGUACAUGUCCAAGAACGAGUGGCCUCCCGCUAUUUUUGUGGACGCUUUGCAGAGCACCUUCCAGAAGCGAGUGACUGGCCGCUACUUCGUGUGCAGUAAACUCUACAACGGUGCUCCUUUCUGGUACUCGCGCAUGGCGAGAAUGUACAUCUACAACCACUUGCCACUAGAACAGAAGGGCGACGAGCCGGAGUGGGUCAUUGGCAAGCGUGUGGGGUCGUGUGCACACGCGGUCUUAUUGGCUGGCGACUUAAGAGCGCUGAGGGGAAUGGGGGAAAAGCCGAAAAAAGGGGAGAACAUUCCAGUUUAUAGUUAUAGCAAAAAGGCGGAUAAAAGCUACAAGCAGGGAGAGUUGCACGAAGGUGCUCUGGUGGGCGAGUCGAAGUGGCAGAGAAGGUCACACUUGAAGGUAGAGUUAAACACUCUGAAAGAUGCAGGUUUGAUGCGUCGAACGACACAGCGAUUGCAUCAUAGUGGCUUGUCCCCCAACGCUUUUGUCCAGGACAAGGCUAUCCAUGUUCUCCAAGCCUGUAAAACGACCGCUGAGUUGACUGCUCUACAAAAAAAGUCUGAGAAGGAGAAAGACGCAGAGGCGAAAAGACGUGCAGGCGAAGACGUUCUACUCCAGUAUGAUGCCAUGAAAAAAGAAUGGUACUUGGCACGUCAUUCGCCGAUUCAGAUCUUCAAAAAGCUAGGGCAACCUACUUCGGUUGUCGGAUUGUACUUGCCACUGAUCGAGGAGUACGGACCGAUUUUCCCUAAAGCGUGUCAUGAAGUGUUUAAGCGCGUGAAAGACCACGCAAAGAACAAAAACGCCGAAGAAUCCUAUUUGGAGUACCCAAAGUAUUACUGCUGCGAGAACGAGCUUUUCAUGUUCUUCAAUCCGAAGAAGGGCCAGUGGAAAGUAAUCAACACAGCGAUCAUGCACAAGCCACAUCCGGUGAAGGCUUGUAGCGAUCCGGAUUCGAUAGGCGUGGCGUUUCCGCCACUCGCUGUCUGGCAACAAAAUUUCGAACCCAUGGUCCAGUUUCCAGCCGUCGACGGCACCUUAAUUGAUAAUCAGCUGAAAAAGCAGCACGUGUACCCCUUUAUUGACAAGGAGUUUCCGCCAGCGCGCUCGUCCUUGGGUGAGAAAGGGCCAAACACGGUUCCGGGAGACGUCGAGUGGUACAGAGCCAGAGAUAUUCACGACACCGACUUCCCGGUGAAGCUGUUUGAUAAUGUGGAGCCGAAUGACUGCAUCCAAGGUGGCCUGGGAGAUUGCUGGCUCUUGGCAGCGUUGGCCGUUGUCGCGGAGUACCCAGAUUUCAUCCCCACCUACACUUUCCACGAAAAGGAGUGCAAUUUGAUUGGCAGGUACAGCGUGAACUUGUUCGACUACUCGAAAAAGCCGCCUUCUUGGCGCGUAAUCACGGUCGACGAUUACAUCCCGUGUUAUCCCAAGAGUCCCUUCUCGGAAACACCGAUUCCGAGAUUUUCUCAACCUAACUGUAACGAGAUGUGGUUGUUGCUCCUGGAGAAAGCGUUCGCGAAGCUCGCAGGGGGCUACCUGAAUCUCAAAGCAGGAUAUGCCGGUUUAGCCUGGAUCGCCUUGACCGGGUGUAUGGACUAUGGUCGCUGGAUCAAGGAGAAGGACGAGAACAAGCACCCACCACCAGCUGGAGGGCCGCAGAACGUAGACAAAGCCACCGCCGACACAGUAAAGCAUGUGCAGUAUCGGCGAAGACCAAUAGCGUCCUUUCAUCCAACUGGGAAUCGGCUGGGGUUCGAGUACUGUGCGCAGAAGAAGACAGAUGAGAUCGUCGAAGGGAUGGGGAUGAUAGACUAUCUACGUAAGGCAGAAAAGAAUUUCUACCCGAUUUGCGCAGUGGGUGUGCACGGAACAGCUGCGGAGAACAAGCGCAGUGACGGGUUGGUAGAUGGCCACGCGUAUUCGGUGUUGCAAGUUUUGGACAUCAACUGUGUGGACGGGAAAAAACGCACAUUAGUGAAACUAAGGAAUCCGUGGGGUGACAACCAUGAGUGGACUGGGCCUUUCAGUGACGACCAUGACGCUAGCUGGAAACUGGUAAAAGACAAUGGCAAGGGGAUCAGGGUGCAGGAAGCGGAUGGAAUCUUUUGGAUGGAAGCAGCAGCUUUUUUGGCCUAUUUCACGCACGUGGAAUGUUUACACUUUAAUAUGAAGGAUAAGAAGUCCGACGUCGCUGCAGUGGACUCACAUGGCCUCUCAGCCGAUCAAAAAAAGAAAAGAGAAGACGCGAAAAAAGCAAGGGAUGCGGAUAAGGCGACGCUCAGUAUGAAAUUCUAUAAGCCGCAUAAGAAAUGAUUAUGAUCAUGUUGUUGGUUGAUACCAUUCGUGACACCACGCAAAUCGUUCGUUGUCAACAUCAUUGGCAUAAAAGUCACAUGCUUGUGGUCUCAUACUCAUUGAGAGUCCAACUUUAUCAAAAAAUUCUUGUUUUCAUCGACAUCGAAGAUCUAGGUCCAGGUGUAGUUAACAUGUACGGAUCACAAUGAACGCAAGAAAGUCGUGAAUAAGAUGAGUAAAUGCUCAUUGCUAGGAUCACUACUUAGGUCUUCUUUUUAAGGAUAAGGACAUCGAUAUUCUUGAAUCAAAAAAGUUCAAGUUUGCAC